UCAAAUUUCAAAGUCAUCACCAACGCCAUCGUCCUUCCUCUGCAAUCCGCCACACUGAACACCGGAAACUUCAGGAAGCUUCGAGAAACCGCCCGCGCGGAGCCCCCAUGGAGAAGGAGAAGCAGAAGCAGGGGGCCGACGCCGCCCUCCUCCUCGCGCUGCGCUGCUCCCGGGCGUCUCUCCUCCUCUCCUCCCUCCGCCAGCCACCUCCCUCGACGACGGCGACCCGCCGGACCUCGUCCCCCGUGGAGUUCGAGCUCCGGAACGCGCGCCUCCUCGGCGCCGAGCUCGCGGCGGCGCGGCGCGCGGUUGCCAGAAGCGCGCGGACAUCUGCCGCCGAGAUUCUCUUCCUCGUUGCUCUGGCUCCACUCCUCAUCCUCUUCGUCGCGCUUCUAGCGGCGGCGCUGGCGGAGGCUGGCGCGGAAGGGGUCGCUUGACCCGCGUGCCGACUGCCGACGACGUCAUGGGAUUCCGCGCCGGCCGAACCAAAGGCCUCCGUGUUAAUUCCCCCCUUCCGUGUGCCGUAAGUUGACUCUGUUGUUCUUCAGCUGAGGAAGGAAGCUGGCAUCUCAAUUGUGGUACGGGCCUGUUUGGUGUUUUCGGUCUGCACUGUAGGUGUUCGAUCAAAUGCAUGUUCCUUUGUAGAUGUGUGCACAGAGUAAGGCUGAGGUUGUAGUGAUAAUUAUGAGAUCAGACGAAAUCAUAGUGUGAUGAAUGGUUCCUGUCUUAUUGGGUUGCAUUGAUCUACUGUUUUCUGAUCAAAUUGUGCUGAAGGAAUGGUAGAUGCAGAAAUAUGCCUUGCAGUGUUGCUGCUUGUGUGCCAUGAUCCAUAGACUGUGAAAAGGAUACUGACAAUGAAAUCUCACGAUGGUUGUUAUGUUGCUAA